AUGCUUAGCAUGAAGAAUCUCGCGCAUGCGAUCUGUUUAAUAAAUGAUGCAGCCGAGGGAAGCCUGUCCGAUUUUGCGUUACGCAAAGUCCACUACACGGCGCAGAACCCUCUCAAGAAGGAGCUCUUCACAGUGGAUUCAAGGCCUACACACUUACGCAAGUUGUACGAGAAGGCAACCACCGACCGCAUUUCAGCUUCCAUACUUGACCAGCUCCGAAAAGACUCCCAGCACUCGCCCUUUUUACUUUGCACUCCCGUGCUUAGUACUAAGAGAAGACGUGACAAUCAUAGGGUUGAUGAUAUCGAAACGCGAAUCCCGUCAGUCGUAGAACAGCUUCGGAAAUGGACUUCACGCGAAGCGAUAGGCGACGUGACGGCUCUACCGGACGCUUCCAUGAGAAUAAUCAGCAGCGUCACGUUGACGCCGGAUGAAUUGUCAGAAUGUGGUUCUGGUGAUGAUGAACCUAUUGAUCAUCGACUCCCGAGCCCGGAGGAGCAACUACGAAUCAUUGAGUCUAAAUUCUGUCCAGAGCUGGUGCCGAUAGAUACGUCAGGGAGAUUCUUCGACAGAAUGUGCACUUCACGAAAAUCUCUUCACGUAGAAUUGAGUACCGGUGAAACGGACACCGUGAAACGACGGACCCGCACCAGAAAACCUCGGGGUAAAAGACGCAACACCAUUUCCGGCACUGAUCAGAAAGAGCUUAGAGAGGCUAUCGCUGGUGAUACAUCAAAUGCCGUGGCUUCUGAAGAAGUUGAAGAUAGUAUUGGCAUGCGGUCGCGAUCAAGUGAUUUACUUAAGAAGAGCCCGAUUGACCCAAUUAUUAAGAAGGGACAUUUCAAUAGCCUAAAACAGUGGGGAAGAAACAGACUAAAAAUGAUAGGUCGGUCUCCAAGCGCCAGUCGAGAUAGUUUUAAAGAAAGCUCAAAAACUGAUAGAAGCAGAGAAUCUAUGUCUCCCGUUGCGCCGGAAGAAGUACCAAGUAAAGAAUCAACAGUUACUCUACGGAAAAAACGGGCAGGAGAUGACGACCGCCGCACUCACCAGAGAUGUGCUUCCUAUUCUUCAUCCGAAAAGAGUAUUGGUGUACCCUCUAGUGCUCCAACGACAGCGACAAUUAAUUGUGGUGUGAAGUUAAGAGGAACGUCUACACAAAGAAGGUUAAGACGAUCUGGUACGGGAAAAGAAGAACCACAUUCAUCUAGUGGAAAUUGGUCUGCUAGUUCCGAAUCAGGCAGAACGAGUAUUGGCUCUGAAAUAACGACAACAACCGUUCCCCCUAAAAGUACCACAUCGGCUGGUACUUCCAACAAUUCACUUAACUGCCACCAUGGUCCUCCUAGCUCCAUUAUCAGCAGAAGAAGAUUUCUUAAUACUUCUGGUUCGGGAAGCGUUACCAGUGAAGGCACUCUUACUCCCGAUAUAAUUCAUGAUUUACAUGAAGAUUUGGAAACAAGCUCUGAAUUUUCCUGUGACACAGAAGGUUAUUAUACUUCUUUUCAUAUGGAUUCUGGUCUUAAAACUCUUAAAGAGGAAGAAAUAUCUCCUAGCACGCCCCUACAUACCUCAACCGCUUUAUCCUCUAAUUCUUCAACCAGCCAAAACUUAACCGCCGAGAAUGAAUAUGAAUUAUUUGGUAAAGGCUCUACAAGUACAACUACUAGCUCAGCUGGCACUGUUUGUACCACUCUAAUGGCAGCUGGUAGUGAUAGAUCCUUGGCUAUUGGGCCUACUGUGCCUGAAAGGAAAAGUUCUUUAACAAAGAUGAAUAGGAAUAGAAGCAAUAAUAUUCACAGUGCAAAUGCAAGCUUAGAAAGGAGUUCAAAUUCAUUUACUAAAUCACCUUUCAGCAGUUUACGUUACAAUGCAAUGAGGUCAUACACUGAUAAACAUAUUUACAACCAAUCAACGCCUGAAAUUAAUGAUGUACCAAAUUCUACUGUCACAAUAACGAGAGGUAUAGGUAACAAUCGAGAAAUUACCGCAGUAGCCGAAGUGCAUACUGAAACAGAGAUAGAAUACGCGAAGAAAAGUACAGGAACCAGUUCACCUGAUUCUGGUCACAAUACAUCUAGUUCUCCAAUCGAGGAUUCCGUUUCCAGUGCUCACGGUAAAAAUAGCCUUUCGGAACAAGAUUACUCUGAGUCUUCAGACCUUGAAGGUACAGAUAGAAUAGAGAGAAUUCGAUACAAAACAACAAUUAAUAGCUCGCGUAUCCCGUCUAUGUGUGUGAUAACUCCCACUAAUUCUGACGAUGAAGGAGAACCAAAUCGUAAAGAAUCAGUUCAGACCAAAAAGCAACACACAGAACGUCACAAUGAGAAUAUUAUGGUUAAGUCUCAAAGUAGACCUAAAUUGGACAUACCCUCUGAAGAAAAACAGAAAGAUCAUAAAAAUGUCGAUAUUGGGAAAACAAAUAAAACUUAUCAAAUAAAGUCUUCUUUGCAACCAUUCAAUAAUUUAAUGUGUAAACUAAAAGGUGUCCUCCCAAAUAAAUUAUCUAAUAAAAAGUCACCAGUAGCGAAAGGAACUGAAAACAUUGAGGACUUCUUUGAUACUGGGGAUUAUGUAACUAUAGCUGACGUAAAAAAUAAUAAUAAAAAAAUGAGCUUUAAUAGGGGCAAUUAUGUUAAUAACGAUGUUAUCGGCAAAAAUCUGCAAUCAGUAUUAUCCGGAAAACCUGAAACUGAAUACGUAUCAUUAAAUGAACUGCCCAACUGCUUAACUACCAGCAAGGAUUAUUUAGACCAUAGUCUUGAAGAAAAACCAUUAGAAACGUUAGAGGAAAUGAAGAAAAAGGGGGCGAAGGUCACUUUAGAUUCCCAUGGCCAAGUAAUUUAUUCAUCCGAUACUCUAAAAAGAAGAAAAGGCGCCCAUACUACAUUUGAGCCAGGACCAUUUGUACAAGAAAUAUCCCCAACUACCGCAGUUAUUCAACGAGAGAAAGCUGACAUAAUAACUGUAACAGAUGAAACUGACUUUGGAUAUGAUCAAUUAUUACCAUCGAGCAAACCUACAUCUCCACAACUAGGGAAAAUGAUCAUCAAAGCACCAUCAGAACCUCAUGGGCUUGUCACGACAGAAUUUGUUACAUUACCUCCGCCUAAACCAAACACUAUCAUUACUGCUACACCCGUAACAGAAACACCCACUCUCACCAAUACCCCUUCCGCGGCCAUAACUAAUAAGAAUGCAGAUCUUCCCCGAAUUGUCGAAGCAUUAACUAGAACAGGAGCCUAUGUAAAUAUUCACGAUGCAGAUGGUGUCAGCUUAUCGCCAACGAAAGAUGAUAAUCCAGAAUAUCUACAUUCCAAUGCUGACAAACCACUGCUCAACGGAACGCAGACUUUACCGAGGCACAAUGGACCUACCGUAGAUUUAAAUACUCUUUCUUCAACUCUACGACCUAAUAAUGUAGCUCACCUUAGCGGUAAACAUGGUGUCAUAAACUAUAGUAAUAAUGUACCACGUGGAAUAGAAAAACAACCACCGAAAUUUUGGACGCUCCCAAAACGCACAAACCAACAAGACAUUCAUUCAAAUUUUAAUAAUCAGAGAACCCAGAAUUAUCCAACGGCCACAGAUUAUCAGAAAAAAACUGAAUAUCAGAGGCAGUUGCCAACUCAGCACGAAGAUUCAAUAAAAAUAUCGCCAAUCGAUCCUAGAGCUUCUACAACAUUUAAAUCAUCUACUCCCACAAGUAAAGAUAAUGUAGUGGAUCUUACCUCCAAGCUUUUGUCCCCAGUAAAAUCUACAAUGACUAAUGAGGAACUCUAUGCAGUGAUACAUAAAAGCAAAAAGAAAUUGAAUAUUAAAGAAAUGCCAGAGAGAGCAGAGUCUCCAGCUUUGUCUACAAUUAGUUUAUCGCCUGUUAGUUCUGAGACAUGUUUAUAUGGAAAAGGCACUCAACGCCAUCCAGAGACAGGAUACUUGGGGGAUCCUAGAAGUAGAAUGUCUUGGUCACCUGCAGAUAAAGUGACUGGCUCCCCAACUGCUGGGUAUUAUGGAGCGCCAAAGCAAGAUACCACCUGCGCAGACCGUCAUGGUCCUAUACAACAAACCUCAAGACUAGAUUUCAAAAAGUUAUUACUACAACACAGCGUAAAAUUAAAUACACUACCUCAACAAAAAUCUAAUAAAUUAUCAGCAGUAGAGCAGCUAAAGAUAUCAAAGGAAAAAGUUCAAGCCCCAAUGACACCGCCAGGAAAUAGAUCUAAGAUCAAUAUUCUUGAUCUUAGUUCAUCACCUAAAAUAUACAACCAGAGGAAAGUUAUAAAAAUUGGCAACCAUCCCUCAUCACCUGGAAGAGCCAAUGCUUUGUUGAAAGAUCAUAAAAACGCACCAAAGAUACUACUUUCACCAAAAUCUCAGUGGCGCUUCUCCAGUCCAAGAUCUGACGUCUUGUCAACGCCGAUACCAGAAGCAAAUGAGGAAACUUCUAACAGUUCAGGUGAAAGACGUGAUGUUUCUCCUGUGAGCCCACCGUCAAAAACAGUUCCUAUAGUUACUAAUCAACAUUUUGGUGCACGAAGAAAUCUCAUCCCCAUAAGAGAAAACACAGAUCCAGAAGCUAAUGCACUCAAUACUAUUCAUCAAGGUGUAUUUCCACUUAACAGUGAAUACUCUCCUUCACAAGGUCUCUCUAGAACUGAAAUAUUGCAAGCAAAGCGAGCAGAAUUUUUCAAUUCACCUCCAGAAUCAUCUCAACCAGCAUUGUCUUCAUUUAAGAAACCAACACAAGUAACAAGAAGCAAAGCUUCUCCAGAAAGAGGCAAUACUUCGCCUUCUACUUUAGAAACAGCAUUAUGA